GUCCGGGAAAGUUUCUUUGGAGGUGAAAACAGCUGCGGAACUCAGGGCCCUGCGAGGGGCAGGCGGUGCGGGGGUCUCGGGACGGGGACGGGGCUGCCUGCCGGCCAGGUGCGGCCGGGAGCGGCCAUGUCCCACGGCCCCAAGCAGCCCGGCGCGGCCGUCGCGCCGGCGGGCGGCAAGGCUCCUGCACAGCAUGGGGGCUUCGUGGUGGCUGUCAAGCAAGAGCGCGGCGAGGGCCCGCGAGCCAGUGAGAAGGGGUCCCACGAGGAGGAGCCUGUGAAGAAGCGAGGCUGGCCCAAGGGAAAGAAGCGAAAGAAGAUCCUGCCAAAUGGCCCCAAAGCACCUGUCACUGGCUACGUGCGCUUCCUGAACGAGCGGCGAGAGCAGAUUCGCACGCGCCACCCGGACCUGCCCUUUCCUGAGAUCACCAAGAUGCUGGGUGCUGAGUGGAGCAAACUGCAGCCCACAGAGAAGCAGCGGUACCUGGAUGAGGCGGAGCGGGAGAAGCAGCAGUACAUGAAGGAGCUGCGCGCGUACCAGCAGUCAGAAGCCUACAAGAUGUGCACCGAGAAGAUCCAGGAAAAGAAGAUCAAGAAAGAGGACUCGGGCUCCGGGCUCAUGAAUACCCUCUUGAAUGGACACAAGGGUGGGGACUGCGAUGGCUUCUCCACCUUUGAUGUCCCCAUUUUCACUGAAGAGUUCUUGGACCAGAACAAAGCCCGGGAGGCGGAGCUGCGGCGCCUGCGGAAGAUGAACGUGGCCUUCGAGGAGCAGAACGCGGUGCUGCAGAGGCACACCCAGAACAUGAGCAGCGCGCGCGAGCGCCUGGAGCAGGAGCUGGCGCUGGAGGAGCGGCGGACGCUGGCGCUGCAGCAGCAGCUCCAGGCUGUGCGCCAGGCGCUCACCGCCAGCUUCGCCUCGCUGCCCGUCCCCGGCACCGGCGAGACGCCCACGCUCAGCACGCUGGACUUCUACAUGACGCAGCUGCACGGAGCCAUCGAGCGGGACCCCGCCCAGCACGAGAAGCUCGUGGUCCGCAUCAAGGAGAUCCUGGCCCAGGUUGCCAGUGAGCACCUAUGAAGGUGUUGGUCAGCUCGUGGGGAUCCAGCGAAGACCAAGCUCUGCUGGUGGCCCCCACCCCAUGGAGGAGGGAUGGGGGUCCACCCUUUGGGGUCAGGCCCAAUCCUGCACCUUGGGAGGUCCAUUCCUCUACACCAUCCCCUAGCUUUCAACCUCCCCAGCACCCCAAAUCCAGAAAAGUCACCUGCCAUGCACAACACACAUAGAACCCCGUGGCCUCAUAGAGCACGUCAUACUACAGGGAUGUGGGCACACCACACAUGGGCAGCAUGACCCAGGACACAAGGGGACCAACAGCAGCUCUCCACACUGGUGUAGGGAGGGUGACACAGGCUACAGUGGCUCUAGGGAUCUGCCCCAGGACACAGGGCAGUGGAAACCCAUACCUGACACAGGGAGGGACUCCCCGAAGGUGCUGACCACAAGUGCCCCACGCAAGCAGGCACACUGCAGGACAUGCCCUCAUGCUUGGGGGAGAGCCUUCUGCCUGUGGCCCUCGACUUCCUGCACCUCAGAAUGGAGUAACUGGGACUGACCCCCUGCCCUCGUUCAGCUAACCGACCGUCAUGAAGGUGGCCCCUUGGCCACUGCUUAAUCUGGACUUUUAAAUUAAAAAAAAUAAUAAAGUGGAAUUUGAAUUUCAA